AUGUUUGUGCCAUGCAGCAGAUAAAAGGAACCAAUAAGAAAUAUUUCACCAACUGCAAACAGUGGUACCAUCGCAAGAUCUGCGGCAAGCCCACGGUGAUCACCUACGAGUGCUGUCCUGGUUAUGAGAGGAUUCCUGGAGAGAAGGGCUGUCCUGCUGCGCUGCCUCUGGUGAACAUCUACAACACUCUGGGCGUAGUCGGAGCCUCCACCACUCAGAUGUACUCUGAACGAGCCAAACUGAGGGACGAGAUCGAAGGUCCGGGAAGCUUCACCUUCUUCGCCCCCAGCAACGAGGCCUGGGCCGCCCUGCCCACAGAGAUCCUUGACGCUCUGGUGAGCAACGUGAACAUCGAGCUGCUGAACGCCCUUCAUUACCACAUGGUGAACCGCCGACUGACAUCUGAGGAGCUGAGACACGGAUCAUCCUUCUCCUCCAUGUACCAGGACUUCCACGUCCACAUCCACCACUACAGCAACGGGAUUGUCACAGUGAACUGCGCUCGUCUCAUUAAACCCGACCAACACGCCACCAAUGGCAUCGUACAUGUGGUCGACCGCGUCAUCACUGCCAUCUCCAACAACGUGCACACGCUCAUCGACGUCGAUGAGGACCUGGAGACGCUGCGUGCGGCCAUCGCCGCCGCAGGUCUGACCACCCUGUUGGAGAAUGAGGGUCAGUACACAAUCUUUGCUCCCACUAACGAGGCCUUCGAGAAGAUUCCUCAGGAGACCCUGAACAGGAUCCUGGGAGACCCUGUGGCUCUGAGAGACAUGCUGAACUACCACAUCCUGAAGCAGAUGCAGUGUGCAGAGUCCAUCGUGUCGGGGACUCCAAUGGAGACUCUGCAGGGCACCGUGCUGGAGGUCGGCUGUGACGGAGACCACAUGACUUUGAACGGGAAGGCCAUCGUCACCAGGAAAGACAAACUGGGAACCAACGGAGUCAUCCACUACAUCAACGAGCUGCUCAUCCCUGACUCAGCCAAAACUCUCCUGGAGCUGGCCGAGGGUUCAUCUGUUGCCACGGCAACCAAACUGUUUGUGGAAGCCGGGCUGAGCCCCCACCUGAUGGGGUCUGAGGCUCUAACCAUGCUGGCUCCUCUGAACGACGCCUUCAAAGGCAGCGUGACGAUGACUCCUGACAUGAAGAGGCUGAUGACCAAUCACAUCCUGAAGGAGCAGCUGUCCUCGAAGUCUCUGUAUCACGGUCAGGAGCUGGAGACACUGGGGGGCCUCAAACUCAGAGUCUUCGUCUACAGAAACAACCUGUGCAUUGAGAACGCCUGCAUCGCUGCUCAUGAUAAGACCGGACGUUACGCUUCCAUGUUCAUUGUGGACAAAAUCCUCACUCCACCAAUGGGAACCAUCAUGGACAUCCUGAAGGCAGACAACCGCUUCAGUGUCCUGGUCGGUGCCAUCCAGACAGCAGGUAUGACGGAGCUGUUGAACCAGCAGGGGGCGCUCACCUUCUUCGCUCCCACCAACGACGCCUUCAGCAGCCUGUCGCAGGCCGAGCUCAACAAGCUAUUGAGUAACAACCAGGAGCUCUCAGGUUUGCUCAGGUAUCACCUGGGUGACGGCAUGUUGGUCAGCGGAGGCGUUGGAUCUCACACCAGAGUCAAACCUCUGCAGGGAAACAAGCUGGAGCUCGGCAUGCGGAACUACACGGUGUACGUCAACAAGGUCCCGGUGGCAGACGCAGACCUGAUGGCGACCAACGGGGUCGUCCACGCCGUCAACAGCAUCGUCAAACCUCUACCUCCGAAGGUGGACAGAGAACAGGCUGAUGGACCUGCAGUUCCUCUCAGAUCGGCUGCGUCCUCCAGGGCAGACUCCAAGAGCUUCAGGAACGACGAUCUUUUCCAGAAGGUGAUCAGGAGUCGCUCCAGCAGGACGAUGAACCAAAGUCAGUAGAAGCACAGAGGAGAAGAGACAGACUCACCGCAACAUCUGAGGAAAACAAAGAAGAAGAAAAACAGAACACAUUCUCACCCAAAGGGUCAAAGGUCACAAAUCUUAAAGGACAAAUCCCCCUGAAAUCCUCUGACACUCCUGCCGUUUGUUUCUCUGAGAGCAGGAAAUGAUCAAGACCAGCUUUAAUUACAUGCAAAUAUUCAGGUCACACACAUGAAUUUCCCUCUGGGGUGUGACGGCUUUAAAAAAUCCACCUGGACCUGAAACUGAAAACCAGGUUUGUUCUGUCUUCAGACAGAAAUCCAUGAAACUCUGCAGCUGGGGAGCGUUUUCAGCUGCGUUUUACGGUGAAAGGUCGUUGUUGUUUGUUUGUUUGCACACGGUCUCUGGCGGUCGUUGACAGGCAUUCUGGGAAAUGUAGGAAACCACUAACUGGAGAAGACGUGAUGUUGAGGGAAAGUUUGUCACCAAACAGUAAAAAAAAAAAAAAAUCAUGAGAAACAAACAAAUGAGAUGAAA